CAACAAUUAAUUUCUGCUGUUCUUGCUUGCAAGUCGAGCGACCUGUCUGGAUCUGGACACAUCUCUCACGUUACUCCGUUUGGGGCUAGCAGAUUUAUGACAAAGAACAUCAUGAUCUGAAGUUCAUCGCAUGAUCAUCAAACUCCAACUCCAGCCUGGAUAUAGCAAGGAGGGGCGUCUGUAAGAACUACGAGCCAAGUCCACAUUGACCAUGGAAUAUUCUUCAACGACGACUGUCGCCUUGGCAGCCGUUUACAUUGUACUUGGAGCUGGAAGAGUCAUGCUUAUGAGAUUAUCAGCUAAUGAAGAUCAUAAAUAUGACUACUUGCCUGUGACAGUCAAUGUGUGUGCUGAGGCCGUCAAGCUGGUUGUAUGUCUUUCUAUCAUGCUCAAGUUGGAGAUGAGUGGUAAACCUUUAUUCAAGGAAUUCAUUCAAUUCAGCUGGCCUGAAUGUCUCAGGUUCUUUAAAUGGAGUAUCCCUGGCCUGCUUUAUUUCCUUGACAAUCUUAUUGGAUUUUCUGUCAUGACUUUCUUUGAACCGGCUGUUGCUGUUUUGCUUGGAAACUUCACUAUCAUAUCAACGUCACUCCUUUUCAGACUCAUUUUAAAACGAAAAUUUAGUCGGGUGCAGUGGGCGUCCCUGCUGAUUCUCUUUCUUGCAAUAGUUUCAUUAUCAAACCAAGAUCACAGGAGCUCAGUCAGAGGUCACCACCAUACGUCCGCCACGCUAGAAUCCAUAGACAAUGCCACACUCUACGAGGUUGAGAUCCUCCAGAAACGACAUGCCAUUCCGUCGGACCUCUGUCAUCGGCAACUGCGCCAUACCUCAGAGCCAUCCAACUCGGAAGCCAGUAAAUACAGUUUCACGGUCAGCUUCGGGCAUGUCUUGAUCGUGGUACAGUGCUUCUUGUCAUCGUUCGCAAACAUAUACAAUGAAAAGAUCUUCAAGGAAGGUCAUAACGAGCAGGGUCUCCACAUGUACAUUGUCCAGAACACCCGGCUGUAUACCUUCGGGGUGAUUUUCAACACGCUUACGCUUCUUGUCAUUCCGAACUUCCGGAACCGCGUUAUUUAUUGUGGGAUGUUCAGUGGGUACACCUGGUACUCCACGUUGCUCAUCUUCGCCACAGCCGCCCUUGGACUGACGAUAUCCUUGAUGCUCAAGUUCAGAGACAACAUGUUCCAUGUCCACAGUGCGCAGGUCACGACUGUUGUCAUCAUCAGCCUAUCAAUAUGGCUGACAGGAUUCCAACCGACCUUAGACUUCUUCUUGCAGAUGCCUACGGUGUUCCUGGCUAUCUUCAUCUACAACAACAGUCAUGUGCCUGCAGAACCAGCCUUGACACCUAGGAGGAGAUAUCCAUCAGAGACUGUCAGCAGGGGCCAGGACAAAUCGGUUAGGAAGAGGGGUACUUCAGUCAGUGAGGAAUUGAUAGAAUUGACAAGAGUCGACGGAGAAGACGAAACAAGCUCAGUAGAAUGAUAGCGAGACCAAUCCCUCUUGUUUUGGAGCAUGGUGUUUGGUCAUUUUCCCUGUGAAGUCCCUCUAGGUAUACCAUGCAAAGCAGCUGAGAAGUAAACAUCGAUUCUGUUUUAAUUGACCUCUACGAUGUAGGGAUUUCGGAAGUGGGUUGUGACGCCAUGAUCAGAAAUGCAACCAAAAUGCGAACAUCAAUCAAAAGGUUAUUUGUUUCAAGGAAACAGUACUACAGGGUAAA